CACACGUACACACACACAUGCACACACACACAGACACACACACACACACAGCAAGACUAAGGACGUAAAAAGAGAGAGAAGCAAAUAAAUCAUCGGCUAGCCUCUCCACUCUCCGUUUCCUGGUUGUUUUGCAUCACUGAUAUGACCCUGUUCAGCACAAGAUACAUGAGCAUGAGUGGAGAGUUGAAGUCCAGCCGCUCCAGGGCAGCGAGUAAGAGAGCCAGCAACACCGUUUAUGGGGUGUAUGACUACCAGCGUGUGCCGACAUCUCUGUCUCCUCUGCCCCUGGGACCCAGUCUGGCCAAGCGAUCCCGUUCCUCCUCCUACUCCUCCGGGCACAGACGCAGUCGAGACAGAACCCACUCCAAAAGCUCCAGAGCCCACUCCACUUCAACCACAGCCAAGUUAGGCAUGGAAGAGUUGCAGGUGAUUAAAAAGGAGCUGACUCUGAUAAAGACACAGAUCGAUGGGCUGCUUGACAGUCUUGACAAGAUGGACCCACAGAGGAAUGACCACAAAGGAUCUCCCCUGAGAGAGGACAGUCCAGCUGGCUCCCCGUAUGCUCUGUCUGCCAGCAGCCCAGAGCACUCACUCUCCUCCCUCUCUCCACCCAGCUCCCGUCAUCGAAUCCACAGGGAGAAACCUGACCCAAGGGAGCCAGACGAUGACCACCACACGAUGAGCAACCACAGCUCUGACCCCGAGGAAGAAAUAUGAGGGAGGAAUACAAGAAGACGUAGAAGACAUGGAUUAAGUGCCAAACAUGGAGGAAGAGAAAAGCAGACGCCAAGCAAACACUCAUAUCAAUGGCUCAACAGGGUGUAGCCUACAUAUCAGAUAACACAAAGCAUUUAAUUUUAUCACAGCAACUUGGUAUCUUUGACUUUUAAGCAAAACUAAAACACUGACACAGGUGACUAAUAUAAAUCAAGUACACAUCGGAUUAAGAAGAAUUUAGUAUGUCGGACUGAGAGAGUAAUAACAAAGGACAACUGGAAGCAGUGGCAAACUUAUCUUUUCUAAAUUCGGCCUAAGCAGGCACUCACAUUGAAUUGUAUAAGAGGAUUUGCACCAAUGCCAGUGUUCCAGUAUUAAUCUGAAUAUUGCAGUAUUAAUCCAAAUGAGACAAUAGGGUUCUCUGAUUAAAACCGUGUAAGCAUUUUACCAAUUUACCUUCCACACAUUCACAUGUUCCACAUUAAAAGCUUUCUGAAACCGGCACAUCAUGCCAAAAUCCGAUAAGUACAUAAAGUAAUAAUUUAUGUGUGGUCUUAUAUCUAGAAUUAGAUCAUGUACAAACAUUAUAUAACCGGGAAUAUUACUGAAGCAUGGUCAGUUGUACACCAUGUUAACAGCUUACUUAUAUAUAAUUACUUAAAGAAUAAGGGUAAAACUGGCAUUGUGUGCAUGUACGUUAAUGUGAAAUGAAAAUCACUUCUAUGGAUCACAAAGUAGUUUGACUUGUGAAAGCAAAAUAAAUCGGUACACUCUCAUAUAUGAUCUUUCAAGAAGGCUUUUUGUUGAUGCUCAACUCACCUUUUCUAUUUAUUGCAUACUUCUAUCAGAGUUUAGCUACUCAAAGUAAACACAGUUAGCUUUGAGAGAUUGAAUAGUCAUACAUGUAUUAGAGGAAUGUUAUUACUCUCUUCCACCAUGUAUUUGGCACUUUUAAGACAUGCAAAUGCCCAGGUCAGUGUGUAAUAUUGUGUAUUAUUGUAAACUUUACUGUAAUUGUUGAACUGUCUGAUUUUAAUCUUGCUGUAGGUCUUCUCAUGUGUUUUUUAAAAAGAAAAACAAGUAUGUUAUUCUUAUGGUGUUAGAUGUUUUUGUUUGCAUUCUUCAGAUUAGCAAAGUGGAAAUACUCAUUGUCACAGUAAUAAAAGUAUUUUCAUAUUGACUAUA